AUGUUGAUGAUCUUCUCGGUUGACGCGCGCCACCACGGCGUGGGGCCUGUUAAGUACGCAUGGGACCCUCACGGCGACUAUGUUGCGUCUUCAGGAACCUCUCGCGUCGCUCACAUAUUCGGUCGACGCGGGAAGCUCGUGGACCAGAUUGUGCCGCCGUCUCCAAGUAUGUGUACGUUGCUCGAAUGGAGUGAGAACGGAGACAUUCUGGCCAUCGUACAGGCCAACUCGGCUUCACUCGUUCUGUGGGAGCCCAAGAAGAUUCAACAACAUCAGCUGGUGGACCUUCCCUGCAAGGACAUCAGCUUUAUCAAGUGGUCCAAGUCGCCACACUCCCUACUGCUGGCUAUUGGUACCAAUCGAGGUCAAGUGUACAUUUAUGAUCACGCCACAGGCACCAAGACGCAGGUGGCGAGCAAGCACAAACGCCGGAUUCUAUGCGGAGACUGGAACCUUGAAGACAAAUUCGCGUUUGGAUCGGAGGAUCGACAGAUCACCAUUUGUUUGCCUUCCGGACGGACUUUUGAUCAGGUCAAGAUUAAGGCAUCGCCACAGAGCGUCACGUUUGGUGGUAAAACCGAAGAUAAAGAUGCAAUUCUAUCAGUGAACAUGGGUGGGAAGACGAUAUUACUGUACGAUCUGAACGAGCGGGAGAACGCUCUGGAGUUAGCUUUCCAGGCGCGAUACGGCAAUAUCGUGUCGUACCAGUGGUUCGGUAAUGGCUACAUUAUCGCGGGCUUUUCGUCUGGAUAUGUUGUGAUUAUUUCCACACAUUUAAACGAAAUUGGGCAAGAGCAAUACUGUGCCAAGUUCCACGAACAUUCACUCCGCGAGAUAGUCUACAACGAGGCCAAUGGGACAGUGGCAACCUGUGGCGAUAAUUGCAUCAAGGUGGUGCGUAUGAGCGAUUGGAAGGAGAUCGCUGUGGAAUAUUUGGACAGCGAACCACCAGCUUCCGCUACUUCCGGAACUCCCCCGACGUCGUCGUCAAUGCUUGCGGAUCUUUCCGGACCGAGUAGUUCGGGCAGUGGCUCAAUGCAAGCGCCUUCCUUGACCUUUGAAGAUUUGCAAUGGACCCCGGACGGCCGCAUUUUGAGCGUCAGUUCCCACAAUGGCUGUCUGCACAACUUCAUGAUCCUCAGUUCGGCACUACGAUCGUCAUUAUUCGACCUCGAUUCGCCCUUUGCAGCAGGUUUGAAGCCGAUUGCUCCGUGGACGAUGCUCUUUACUAUGAGCUUUAUGGUCUUCGCGGUGCUGUUUGUGAUCAGCGCUCAAUUUCAAGUCUCGUGCUGGGAUGUUAUCCGCGCUAUGACCGGCUUUGUGGAAGGUUUAUGA